AUGACUCGAUAUCAUUUGACAUCCCCGAAGGAAGGCAAUCUGAAUGAAGAUGACACACGAGGCCCAUCAUCUGCGAUAAGCGAGCGCCAUUGUGUCCUGCACGUUUCCAAAAGAGGAAGGAGCCUCCCGUGCGACGGAAACAUGUCGGCGUUUCGAUUCGCUGUGAUCCUUCUCUUCUGGACCUGCUAUGUGGUCACCAUCGUGCUCAAUGCCUUAUCUAACUCGGGGUUCCGACAUAGAGAGCAUAACCAGAGGCGACACUCCGAGAGGUACGGGGGGAUCGAGGUAUUGCAGAGGCAUCUGGUGGCAUGUUAUCAACAACACUUCCUUGAGGCGUACUUCGUGGCAGCGGAAUCAGGGAUCGACUCAUCCGGGGAUUCGACCCAAAGGGUCAUCCAUCAACGCAAGCCAUUUCAAAAAUCCCCAUCAGAAGUGUCAAACAAAUACAGGACAUGGCUGACACCGGCGGGAUGGACGUUUACCAUCUGGGGCGUCAUCUACGUCUGGCUCGGCCUCAUCCUCGUCUACGUUUUGUCGCUCUUAUGGAGGAAGAAUGGACCGGUGCGGAUGUUCGAAACGUCACCCAUCGCUGAUCCCCUCCCUUUGCUGUUCCUCUGCCUCAACUUGAUAUUGAAUUUUACCUGGUUGUUCCUCUGGAGCCAGGAGUGGCUGCUGACCUCCGCUAUCGUCCUACUAUUAAUCACGUCUUCUGGUUGGAUCGCUCUCGGCGCCUUUUACAUUAGUGCGCAGGAGGUCGGUCGAGACCUGCGCGAAGAAGGGAAAUGGGACCUGGCAUUCAUUAGAUACAUCGUCUUCAACGGGCUGGAAACCUACAACGCUUGGACCUCCAUCGCCUUCCUGGUGAACUUGAGCAUCGUGAUGACUCACGUGUUUGGGAAGAGUCUGGAGGCCAGCGCCAACAUUCCUUUGAGUCUUCUCGUGGUCGUCCUUGCUCUUUGGGUUCCGUUUGAGGCUACUGCCUUCGACGAAUACGGUCGAUACGGAUUCAUGCAGUAUUUUGUGUUGACCUUCGCCCUGAUAGGAAUCUAUUCAGGCGACAACGAGAGACCUUUGGGCGUGACGAUGUACAUCGUGAUCAUUAUGACCCUUUCUGCAGUCCUGGCCGUUGGUCGCAUCGCCUUCAUCAAGACUCGGAACCGCAGCCAUCCCCAAUACGCCCAACUCUGA